AUGCGCUUAACUAUCGAGGAAAUUGACGCUCCAUUUCCAUUGGAUGGUCAGUUAGAUUCAAUAAUAUCCCGGUAUACAAAGGAAAUCAAUGGAAAACUUCCUAAUAGCUUUAUUCUCUAUCGAAAGGCAUUAAACAUAGAAUUGAGUUCCCAUGGAUAUUAUCUUCCGGCCAAAGAAAUUUCUUCAAUUGCAUCUAAGAAAUGGAAAGCUAAAUCUAACUUAAUAAAAGAAGAAUAUCGAAAGAUUGCUGCACGGAUUUCUAAAAUGGUUGACGAGAUUCAUCCAAACAGAAUUAUCAGUUAUAAAAAACGUGAUAAAAAAAAGAAUAAGCGCUCCGAAAGAAUUCAACCAGUUCCUAUGAGUACUAGCAUAGAAUCUGUCAACUCAGAUUCUGGAGAAAGUACUCCCAUAACACCACCAACAUACUAUUCUUCUCAACAAAAUAAUGAAUUUACGUCGCAUUUAAAUCUUGCCGAUCAAAGCGAUGUCUUUCAUGAGUCGCAAUUACUUGAAAAUUUACAAAAUUUCAAUAUUGAUACGAGGUUAGAACCAUGUAAUUCGAGUACUUGCAUAUCUGAUGAUCUUUCUACAGAAUAUUUGCUUUCACUCAUGAAUUGGGAGUCAGAAGAAUAUUUCCAAAUAGCAACCGGAAAUGAUACUCAAUAUGAAUUCGGAAGCCAGACAUUCUAA